AAUGACAACAUUGGGUACUGUCAUGGCGCUAAAACUAUCUCGAAGUCAUAAUUAACUGUCCAGUGUUGUGAAAAGACGACUGUUGUUUUACUCUGUUAUUGUUAUUAUAAGUUGUUUGAAGUUAAAUUGGCGAAUUUUAUUAAGUUUGACAAUGAGUACAAGCACAAGCUUAGUACCUUACAGCGCAAGGCAGAAAACUACCAGAGUUCCUACAAUUGAUGCUAAUAAUGAUAUAGUGCCACCAUUAGAUUUCUCAUUCUAUCGAGUAUCAAAUGUAGGAGAUGUGAAGGAAGAGGAACCAAGAGAAUCUCCAAGAAAAGGAAAACAGCCAGAACCAGAAGGAGGCAAGUCAUCCAGUAAAUGUCUACGUCUUAAUAACAAUAGUUUAACAGAGGUCGGACCAUUGAUGGAACUGGUUGUAACAAAGUUUGAGAAUCCAUCUUUAUUAGCCUGGCUUGAUUUGUCCUUCAAUGAGUUGACCAAUGUUCACCCUGUUAUCACAGAAUUUGAAAAUUUACAAAUUUUAUAUCUCCAUGGAAAUAUGAUUAAAGAUUUGAAAGAAAUUGAGAAACUAAGUGUUAUGAAAAGCUUAAGAAAGCUAACAUUCCAUGGCAAUCCAGUAGAAAAUUCAAAGGGAUACAGACAAAAUGUAUUGACAAUGCUUCCACGAUUAGAGAAUUUGGACUUUAGCAGAGUGACAAAGGCUGAUAGAAUGACAGCAAAUACUUGGGCUCACAUGAAUGCAAAUGCUAAACAUAAGAAGAAGAAAAUGGCUGAAGAUGAUUGAAAAGGGAAUAUUUCAAAUAGCUCAUGAACAUUGUGUUAAAUUGUUUGUAACUUGUCAUGAGCAUGAACCACUUGUGAGACUAUAAUCAUGGAAAUGAACUUUUUGAAUCAGCUUUGUGAAAUUUUGAAUAUCUUUUAUAUUUAAUUUUUUUCAAAUGUAUUUCAGGAAUUGAAAAACUAUUUUAUCACAACUGAAAGGGAAAUGAGUCUAAAUUUCAUAGUUUGAAUCAAACAUUUUGCAAAUGAAAAAAAAAAGAACUAAUGCAAAAGAGUGACAAAAAAAACCUAUUUUCAAUACAAUUAUUCAUUUAUAUGUCGUCGGAUAUAUAAUAGUUUUCUUUGGAAACAGUUUCCCUUUCAAUAAAAGAUCCUAAUGACUAAGAUACCUUUUAGAGAGGCUCACAGCAAAACACCUGGUAAUAUUAUAUAGAUAUGAUGGUUAUUUGUCUACGAAGGAUCAUGCUCAUGACAAUAGUGUAGAGUUAUGAACACACCAUCAAUCUUGUGUAGAAAGGACAGUUAUGCUUACUUAUUUAUUUGCAUUUAGCAAAAGAUCUAGUUAAAACAUGGAGAGUAACAGUAUUAUAAAUAGACAGAAUAUUACAGAAGGUAUAAAAUCAUAAUGAUUACCCUUAAAUUUUUAAAGAAAUUUGACAAAUUUAAAGGUUCUAUUUUGAAAAUGUCUAAUUUCCAUAUAUUUUUAAAAGAGGACACAUUUUGAUUUUUUUUUUUAUUAUAUCUAAGUUUGGAUAAAAAAUCAUGCUCAUAUUAAAAUAUUAAUAUUGUGAUUUUACAACUUUCAACGUGUUCAGGUUUGCAUUUUUUCAAGAACUAGGCUAUUUAUUAUUUAGGGUGUGACAAAGCUGUAAAUUAUUUAUUAUUAAUUGUUAGGUAAGAUGUGUCAGUUUACAUUUUUUUUUUUUUUUGUGAUUUAAUUUUAUAAAGUAGAAUUCUUUAUUUUGAAGAAUUUGUUAUUAUUUUAUUUUGUUACAGAAAAUGUUCAUAAACUGACAUUAACCAUUACUAUUUAAAGUAUUUAUUUGUUUAAGAGGAAAUUGGAACAAUUCUUUUAGUUUUUGUUGAGUUGUCUGUGCUUCCAUAUUAAAUUCUUUGUUACAUGUAGCUAUAUUUGUACAAAGACAUUUUGUUUUUUUUCUUCUUGAUGUUUAUUUUGAUAUGAAAUUGAAUUGAAACAUAUGACAUAUGGACUGUUAAGAAUUUUGAAAAAUCAUGGUUUUAUAAUUAUAUAUAUAAAUAUAUACUUAGCUAUGCUUCCAUUAGGAGGAUUUCAUUUAUGAAAAAAGAUAGAAACAGGUUAUUAAGGUCAUAAUUUUUCAUACAUCAUUACCUCAAUUUAAAAAAAAACUGAAAUGUAAUAGACUGCAAAAAAAAAAAUGCUAAAACAAUUAUUCAGUAGUUUGUUUUGAGGUAAUAUGCAUCAUGUAUCCUCUUUUAAAGAAUGAAUCAUUGAUCAUGUUGAUAAUGCUUCAUAGAGAAUAUUUUUUUGGUAAAAAUAAGUCUUAAUAUUUUUAUCGUAAUUUUUAAGUGCAUUUUUAUUUAAUGGUCUGUGAUAAAGGCAGUGCUUUGUAAUAUUUUAAUAAUGACUAAUACAGCUUAAUGCUGUGUUAUUUUCUAAGACAUUCCAUUUUGUUGGUAUAUAAAUCUAUUUUAUGAUUUCUUGAUUGUUCAAAGAAGAAUGUCAUGAAUUGAUGGGUCUAGAAUGAGUUUAAGAAGGAACUUCCCAUAGAGAGAUAUUUGGUUUUUUUAAAUGUUUCUCGUGUUUAAAAGAGUAAGACACAAAGAUUUCAGAAUCUAAAAUGGGGAGUCUCUUUUUGUAAUCAUGAUAACUGUUUUCAGAUAAGUAAAAUUAUACUGAGUCAUAAAUCAUGAAUUUUACAUUUAACUGGCUGUUAAAGAUCAUUGUUUAUUGUUAUAGAGAACUGUAAUAAAUCUCCUUAUGAGUGA